GGCACUGUCUAAUUAUUUUUCCAUUUACCCAGGGCAACAUAAGCGAACGGCCGGCCUUCGACGCAAGGAGCGAGAGUGAAGGCAGUAGAAACGAGAGAACUCAUGGCGGGCGGCACGAAAAACCCUAAGAAGGCGAACCUCCUUGAUCCCCAUGCCAUUAAACAUGUUCUUGACGAAUCCGUCAACGAGAUCGUGACGAGUCGAGGAUACGCAGAGGAUUUCCGUCUGAGUAACUUGAGGCUGUUUAUCGGGACUGUGAUUAUCGCCGUUGCUCUCGUUGCUCAGUUCUACCCUAAGAAGUUCCCGGAGAACAGGGAUAUCCUCAUCGGCUGCAUCGUAUUGUAUGUAGUUCUCAAUGGGAUCUUGCAGUUCAUUAGCUACACCAAGGAGAAAAAUGCGAUCCUCUUCACUUAUCCUCCUCCCGGAUCUUUCAACACCACAGGGUUGAUUGUAUCCUCAAAGCUUCCGAGGUUUUCAGACCUGUACACUCUUACGAUAGCGAGUGCAGAUCCAAAAUCUAUUUCAGCCAACAAACCCGCGCAACUUGUCAAGAGCGUCACAAAAUGGUUUACAAAGGAUGGUAUACUCGUGCAGGGUCUAUUUUUGAAGGAUUUGGAGAGACUGUUAGAUGAUUACAAUGGAGAGAGGAAGAACAAAUAUGUUGGUACGUAGGGGGGCAGCGGCCAU